UUUAAAUAAAUCGUAUUAAACUAUCGAAGAAGCGCAGAAGGAUAAAGGUAUUAAAAGAAACGACGUUAUUGUUGACGUUACAUUGUACUACCUCGUUGUCAUUGUAUACUAUAACAUGGACCAUUAUCAUUAGUGACGAUUUAAUCACUUUAGUGAUCUUGGGAUGAUUUCGAAUUGAUUUGAUCCGAUCGUGAGCCAUCAACCGAGCUGAAGAACAAUUUUAGGAGUGGUGUUGUUCGAAAGGGUAGUGCGACGUUCGGGUACGCAGGUCUACAGGCCAGCUCUGGGGUGCCGGGCCCGGGCGGGGUGAUGAGCUGCUCCGAUGUGAUGUAUCAAUAUUAUCCUUACCUGUACCAGACCCAUCGGCCACCGCCGCCGCAUCCGACCCAUCCUCAUGCGGCCCCGCACAGUCACCCUCACGCGAAUCCGCAUGCGGCCCACCACAGUCCAGCCAGGCCGGCGCCUUUCCAACCCUUUCCGGCGGCCACGACGACACAUCAGUAUGAUAGGCUGAACGUGCAUCAAAGGUCUCUGGAAGCAGCCGGUAUCGAGCUUUGCGGCGCCGGCGGAAGCGUCCCUCAAGGUCAGCCGAGCAGUGCAGGUUCUGUAGGGUCCGCGCCGAGUCCUGCGUCCCCAAGGCCAACGCCGCAACCGCGACCACCCCUCGCAACCACCACCUCGCAACCCUCGCGAACGUUGGACGACGAGAGAUCGACAGACGGUGAGACGAUUAAUUGUCUCGGUUUACAGCAACGUGCGUAUCGUCACGUGAACACCUGCGUAUUAAUACACCGGCUCGCAGGCGUGGGUGCCGGUACGACCGAGGACUCCGACGAUGGCGAGAGCAGAGCGCAGUACGUUAACGCGAAUUGCGUCGUGUUUACGCAUUAUCGAGGCGACGCGGCGUCAGAAGUGGAGGAACACUUUCAGAGGGCCCUCGCACAUGAUAAAUUAAAGGAAAAUAUCUCCCCCAUGUCUAUGAGGAACUUUCCCCCUUCCUUUUGGAAUAGUCAGCAUCCCAGUGAUGUCUACGAGUACCCGACGGAUCCGUGGCAUCCGCAUUACCCGCAGUACCAUCACAGGGCCGUGCACGAAUACCACCACCACAAUAUGGCAGCAGCGGCGAGCUACAGUGGCCUUCUUCUGGGUGGUGCACGCGGCCUCGGCCACCAUACGUCUCACCACGCGGCGCAUCACGCACACGCCGCGACCUACAAGGAGUGGACGUCGGCGACGCCGUCGCAAUCCCUCGUCGACGCUUCUUCGGCGCCGCCCUAUCCUCACGGCCACUACGCACCCCUCUCCGGACUCGAAUCUCAAGUUCAAGAUUCCAAGGACCUCUACUGGUUCUAGGAUCGAGCGUUGGAGAUCGGCAGGAGGCAAUGCGGUUUCCUUAAAUUCAAAAGUCGACUGAAGGACUGUGUUUCAAGUAAUAAGAAAAUUUAAUAAUGCGAUCUGAUGACGUGAAUCGUAUAGACGUGAAUGUGACAGGAACGAGGACUUUGUUAAGCAAAAAUGACGACUGAAAUGUCCGUCGUUGUCAUGUACAUAGUGUUACCUAUAUAUUUUAAGGCUCUACUAUUAGCAUAAAAUAGAUAAUAUUAGACGAAUACUUGCGCGCACUAUUACCUUUAUAGUGACUGCUGUGUCUGACGUCGAGGAGAAUGGCCGUGAAAAACGCGAUUGAGAAUCGUCUUCAGCUGAUACAAUAGUGUAGUGCGAUUUAGACCGUCAAGGCACACCUAAAUUUCCCAAAUAAUUAAUAUGUAUCUUUAAUUCUUUUCUCAUUUUAAAA